CGGCUAUUCAAUUGGCUAAUGCAUGAAUUUUGUUUACUUUUACGCUUAUGGUUUUUCAAUAAACUUACAUCAAACAUCCAGUAUUUUACUAUUUACUAUUUAUUAUUUGAAACAAGUACGAAAGUGCGAGACAAGAGCUGAUUUUUUAUUUUUUAUAGAACUAUCAUCAAAUUACAUAUAUCAUCAUGGCUACUAUGCCAGUAAAUCCAAAACCAUACCUUAACGGUCUUAUGGGUAAAACCAUAAUCGUUAAACUUAAAUGGGGUCAUGAAUAUAAAGGAUUUUUGGUGUCCACUGACAAUUAUAUGAACAUACAAUUAGCUAGUGCUACAGAAUUUGUGGAGGGUAGUGAACCAGCCCUAUUGGGAGAAAUCAUGAUUAGGUGUAAUAAUGUUCUUUACAUCAGAUCAGUUGAUGAUGAAAAUGAAGAACCUGAUGCAGAGAUGAAAGAAUGAAUUAAUAAAAACAUAACCAAAUUAACAAAAUAAAUUUAAUUUUACUUUACUUUACUUUACAGUUUAUAUAUAUUUUAAAAUAAAAAUAAUUAUUUUGUAUAAACUGCCAUUAGCAUAGCAUACAUUAUAAAUAAAAUUAAAUAAUUUUUGUUUAAACUA